CAAGUCGUAAAGCCUGGAUCAUCUACUCUGCUUUGCGUGAAAGUUCAUCAACAUUCUUUAACAAACUCUCACGUGAGAGAAAUGGAGCUUUGUCAAACAUUGAAUAUUCAGCAAUCAUUGGAAUGCGAACUGCCGUAGAUCAAAGUCCAUGGGUUUUGCGUAAGGUCUCAACCCCGUCUCGUAUCAUCCGCCGGCUCCGAGAAAUGAAGAAAACCAGUGUUUGGCUUUGUAUCUGUGUAGCAAUCGCUUGGCUAAUCUAUGCCUUGCAGAUUUCAUGGCUAUUUUUUCCCGCCAUAUUUAUGGCAGUGUUUCUGUGCUCGGGCGGGCGUAACUUCCCGAGAGUGUUCUUCAAAACAAUCCUACGUGACCUGAAGGCCAUUAUUGCCUUUACCAUUGUUCAGCUCAAAUGUCGAUACUACAACUACAAAAACGUCAUAAUGGCUGACUUGUUUGAAUCGACUGCUGCCAGCCUUCCAAACAAACCUGCAUUUGUCUUUGAGGGAAAGAGCUGGACUUUCAAAGAAGCUGACGAAUUUGCCAAUCGGAUAGCAAACUAUUUCAAGUCCCAAGGAUAUGCCAAAGGAGAUGUUAUUGCUCUUAUCUUGGAAAACAGACCUGAGUUUAUACUAAUAUGGCUUGGGUUAUCAAAGAUUGGGGUUAUAUCAGCCCUUAUCAACACCAAUCUUCACCAGGAUUCCCUGUUGCAUUGUAUAUCUGCGGCUAAUUCUAAGGCCAUUAUAUUUGGAAGUAAUUUUGCAGAUUCUGUUGUAGAAAUUCAAGACAAGCUUCCAGAGAAUAUGCUCUUUUACUGCCAUGGCAACAAUGGUAACAGUGCGAUUCCAGCAGUGAGCUUAGAUCAGACACUACGUGACAGCUCUCCUAAGAAAGCAGUUCACAGCCAUCAGAAGAGUCAUCUUGAUGUCUUGAUGUACAUUUAUACAUCAGGGACAACUGGUCUGCCAAAGGCUGCUCUUAUAAGAAAUUCCAGGUAUUUCAUGGCUACUGGUCUAUACCCUCUACUAGGAGGCACCACUAAAGACGUCGUCUACUGUCCAUUGCCACUCUACCACUCUGCCGCUGGUAUCCUAGCUGUUGGGUACUGCAUCGUCCAUGGAUCAACACUUGUCUUGAGGAAGAAAUUCUCUGCUAGUAGAUUUUGGGAUGAGUGCAUUGAGCAUAACGUUACUGUCGUCCAGUAUAUUGGGGAGUUGUGUCGCUAUCUUCUAGCCCAACCUCCCCGCCCAACUGACAACCAGCACUCUGUUCGCCUGGCCAUUGGCAACGGGCUCCGCCCGAAGAUCUGGACAGAAUUUCAGUCCCGUUUUAACAUCACAAAGAUAGGAGAAUUCUAUGCGUCUACUGAAGGCAAUGCGAAUGUUAUCAAUAUUGAUAACCAAGUUGGUGCAGUAGGUUUCACAUCCCGUAUUGUCCCUUCCGCUUAUCCCGUCAAGGUUGUCCGAGUUGAUCCUGAAACUGGAGAACUCAUCCGAGGGCCUGAUGGGCUUGCUGUGGAUUGCCAGCCGGGAGAGGCUGGAGAGAUGGUGUCUAGAAUUAUCAAAAGUUCUGCUGUGAUGCGCUUCGAUGGUUACCUCAAUCAGCGCGAGACGUCUAAGAAAAUCGCCCGCAGUGUCUUCAGCAAGGACGACUAUGCUUUCUUAAGCGGUGAUAUAGUCGUCCAAGACGAGUACGGUUAUGUCUAUUUCCGAGACCGAACUGGCGACACCUUCCGAUGGCUCGGCGAGAAUGUCUCUACCGCCGAAGUCGAGUCCAUCGCUAGUAAAUUCGUUGGUCUUCGGGAUGUGGUCGUGUACGGAGUUGAAGUUCCGGGCGCCGAAGGAAAGGCGGGAAUGAUGGCGAUUGUCGACACCGAAAAUUCUCUGGAGCUGGAUGAUCUUGCUUGUCAAUUUAAAACAGCGUUGCCUAGUUACGCAAGACCUAGAUUUGUUCGUGUUAUGAAGGCCGUAGAUUUGACCGGGACUUUCAAAUUCCAGAAAUUUAAGCUAAAAAAGGAAGGUUUUGACAUUGGUCAUGUUAAGGAUCCGCUCUAUUAUCUGGAUAUCAAGACAGGUUCUUAUCUUCCCCUAGAUAGCGAGAAGUAUCAACUGAUUUUAGAUGAGAAACUUCGACUCUAGAAACUAUGACGGUACAGACUUUUUACUUUUUUAUUCACAAUUCAUCUUUUUUUUUUUUUUGGAAACCAUGUUUCCAGGAAGUGCUGGAAUCAGUAGCGUACUGCCCCCAUCCCCCACAGCGUCAUCCUGUUAGAUUCUGUAAUUUACACACUAGCGAAGGAAAUUAAAGACGGAAACGGACUGAAAAAAAAUCUAGGUUAUUUUUUUACACCAAUCUUUCGGAGAUGGAAACAAUGCCAUCUUUGAAUUGAUAGCAAGAGGACAUCACCGUAUAUUUUUAUUAUCGUUUGUCAUAGAAAGUUGUAGUUUGUAUACAAUAAGCAUUUUCAUACCGGAUGCACACAGGCUGAGAACGUUGUUACUAUAACAACUGCGUCAGCGCCUACAAAAAUAAAAUUCAAAUAUUAAAGGUCGGAAAUUUAGUGCGUGAUCGUCAUCAAGUGACCGAAGCCACUGAUUUUUUCUAAGAAGUUGAAAAUAUGACCUAGCCAAAAUCAGUAUAGAGGCAUUACUGCUAUUGUCACCAUCCUGCGAACUGUCGUCUUUAAUUUCCAACUGCUAAACCGCUUUCUGGAUUCUGUCAUUCAAACUGACAGACUAACAUUUGGUGCAUUUUCAUUGGCCAGAGCCUUGCGGAUCGGUGGCGUGAUUUGAAGCCAUUUCAGUGCUGUCCAAUGAAUACGCUUCAAACAAUUUGAAUGAAGGGAGCCAGAAGAAAAUUGAGGUAUUUGAAAUCGUUGGCGACAGUUCGUAGAAUAUUGAUAAUAGUAACAUGACAUUGUCCGCGACACAAACAGACAAAAUCGUGGAAGGACAGAGGCCGAGUACGCCGCUUUAGUACCAUAUAUUGCUUUGUUUUGGCGGCCGGAGCAACGCAUUAACACUGUUUCGCCCGAGUAGUUGUAAAUAACUACGGCAGAUGCUUCUGUAGCUUUUAAAAUAAAUGUUGAAACACAA